AGUGCAUUUUAAGGCGGUGGGGGCGUGGGGGUGUGUUGCCAUGCGCUUGCGCACGCACGAUUUCAACGCGGCAACAUCUAUAGUUUCAGUUUGUGCUGCCGUGUUCGUGUGUUGAGGUUCACGAGUUCCGCCCGAAGCGACAGCUGUGAUACGCAUCAAAAAUUGUUGCAAUAGGUAACAGCAGUAACAGUGCGUGCUGUUAUGCUGUCAGUCGCUAGUUACAUCGGAGCGAUUGCUUUCUGGACAAAUCGCACGGCAUGGAUCAUGUGGUUGCAGCAGAUAACGUUUCGUCUCAGGCUGACGAAAUAGAGGCGUUGAGCGCAAUAUAUCAAGACGACUGGAAGGUGGAAGAUGCUGCUAAUCGCGUCUACAAAAUUGUAUUGUGCAGCGAAUCCACCGGCGACAAGCUGAGUUUUCAGGUUACACUGCCACCUGAGUACCCGUCUGAAGCACCACCGUUUUACGAGAUAAGCGCGCCAUGGAUGACCCAGGAGAGGAAAGCAAGGCUCUUGGCUGCCCUGGAUGAUCAUUUUUAUAAUCAUCUGGGUGAAAACAUCCUUUACGACUGGAUUGAGAUUGCUCGCAAAGCACUUGAUGAAGAUGCUGCAGAGUGUGAAUCACUAGCUGCCAGUGAUGAUGAAGCGCCUGAAGUGGUGGAACAGUUUCAGCAGCUGACACUGGAAUCUGAUCGAUCUUCAGCCUUAGAUCUCGGAGAUGGCUUGAAUAUCUUCCACGGUGGAACACUCGAGGACCGUAGAAGCGUAUUCCAAGGUCAUCUUGCUGAAGUUCACAGCGUGAGAGAGGUUGAACAAGUUUUGGAUGAGCUGAAGACAAACAAAAAGAUUGCAGAAGCCACACACAACAUUUGGGCGUAUCGCCUUCUUCAAACAGAGCCACGGACUGUGCUGUGCAAAGACUCUGAGGAUGAUGGGGAAACAUAUGCAGGAAAUCGCCUUCUUCAUCUUUUAGAUAUUCUUGACGUGACAAAUGUUCUCAUAGUUGUCACUCGCUGGUAUGGAGGAAUUCACCUCGGUCCAGAUCGCUUCAAGCACAUCAACAAAGUGGCCAGGGAUCUCCUUGAGCAACAUGGCUACAUCAAAAAGGUGCCAACACCCGAUUCCAAAACCAAAGGAGGAAAGCACAAGAAAACGAAGAGCAAGAAAAUGUGACCGGCAUACUUGGAACACAGGCUUCUAAUCAGUGCCAAGCACCGCCACUGCCAUAGUGUGACACUAGAAAAGGCUGGGUAAUUACGUGCCAGUGGCAACUGAAAUACUCUAGAGAGAUUUUCAUUCUAGAGACCAAGAACAUUUGUGCCCAUGUUGAAGGCUGCUAUAAGCAGUGUUCCUGUGGAGGGCUGAAGACAGAGAUUUCUUGCAAUAUGCAGAAGUAGUAUUACUUGUGCAGUGUUUUUCUACUUAGCCAGUUUGUAACAUACAAGCCAUGGCAUUUAAUUAGGAUUUUAUUGGAUGCUUCUUGCCAAAUAUUUUUAGGUGUUACAUAGAGUAAUCACGAUAUGACACAUGUAAGUGCCUGCGUUUUUUGUUAGUUUCAUAUGUGAGCCAUUUGCUAUGCAGCACUAGCUUCACUGAAUCUACAUUGCUUUACUGCAUUUUUUCCUGAAAGUAAUUUGCAAGUGUCGUCUCAGCCAUUACCAUAUUGCACAUGGUGCACAAUUUCUUUUUGACUGUCAGCCUUUCAGCAUAUGUGAGCCUUGUAUGUGCUGCAUAGCGACAUUGAGCACUGCUUCAAUUGUGGCAGAGCCACAGCUUCUCACAAGAAAGUUGCAUUGGUGCUGUCAAUAAGUUGUGUGCAGCCAAUAUGUAGAUCUCAAACAUUUUAGAACAAUGCUAUACAUGUCUAAAUGAUUUUAAAGUUGUGUGCAGUGAAAAGGCAUAGAAGAAACGCAGUUUGCAGCAGAACUAAAGUUGGGAAAGGGAAAACUGAAAGCAUGUUUUGAUAACAGUACAUCUGUAGGGUAUUUUUUACUUGUGGAAAGUUAAUUUCUCUACAAGGGCUUUCACGACAGUUGCUUGCAGUAUUGACUGUGCCCUACUCCUAUAAGGUAUGGUUUCAGAGGUGGCAAGCUUCACACUCCAUGUCACAUGGUGAUGUGGUAUAGUCAGAGAGCCUAAGAUUAUUAAUAUGAUGCUUGUUGGCAGCAAGUAGUCUGCACUGUAAAAGUUGCAAAGUCAUUUGUUUAGUUACUGUCAAUAGAGAAUAGCGUUUUUAUUGAUGCAGUGAAUAUUUUUAUUUGUUGCUUUUAAAUGUUUCCAAAUGAGUCUGUGAUGUCACUUGUUGACUAUUUACAUUAUACAAUAUUGCAAGACACACACACCUGUGCUUCAAUGCCUAGUUGUCUUGCUCUGUGACAGCCUUUCUUGACACUGCUGCUUCAGAAAUAAAUACAUAGGUCUAAGGGAGAGAGACCAUUAAAUAUAAACAAACAAAAAGAAACAUAUGUAGUAGCUUCCUUGUAUGCAUCUUGUGGCUAACUUACUGUCUGUACCGCUCUACCUUUCAUUUAGGCUGUCGGUGAAAAGUGUCAGUUAUUAAAAAUAGCUUUAAAGGUUUAUAGCAUAGGCUGCAGCUUUUAACCACGAACUAUACAUGGCUAACUUUUCCAGUGCACAGCAGUGAAACAUUAUUUACUAGCUCUGAAGAGAGCAACAUACUCCUUUAGUGUUGUUAAAGCUGAGCAAGAUAUAGAGCCCUCCAUUCCGAUUUUAUUCCAAUCUUGUGAUGUCAAAUUUACUGAACUAACAAUGCAAGCACUGGGCAGUGACCCGCAGCAGUGUUUGAACCCAAUCAAAUGCCCUCCUCGGUUAUAGGAGGGCAGUUUUGUUUACUUUCAAAACGAAUAGCUAUCCUGACAGGUUUUUCUUAUCCGAUUGACCGACAAGAGGCGAGGAACAUGCAGAAGUGGAGAGGGUUUGUUGGAGGCAAGCUAGCACAGUGAAAGUAGAUAACCAGGUAAGGAGUGUGGUGCAAUUGGUUCACUUUCCCUUGCUUAGCUUGCAGUAGCUGGUAGAAAGUCACGGCAGCAUGCAAUGGGGAGUUAAAAAUAAUACUAAUAUGGGUCCUCAGUACAGAAAACUUGGCAGCGUGAUGUCGUAUACGUGAAGGGGUUCAACAUUAUAUUGCCACGCAAAUUUUAUUAUACGCAAAGGAAUCUGUUCACGCCGGCAGCUUCGAGUAGCCAGUGCCACAGCGAUCGGUGGGCAGCCAUCUUCUGUCCCUUUUAGAACAGGGCACUCUCCACCUAUUCCAAACAAAUUUAAGUUUUGUUCAGCAUAUUAAUGCACCUUUAGCAUGUGCAUGUCACUUUGAUGUGGUGGGUUUUCAUGGUUUUGCAACAUCGCAAGGCGCAGCCCGAAAAAUUUUUGACAGACAGGUGCAGUGGGCGUUGUAAUUUGACCAAUCAUGGAAGGCUAAUGGCAGAAAUGAAAUAGAAACAGAGUGGAAUAGCUUUGCGUUGUAGUGCCCAUCUUACUAUUAAUUAUAUGUUGCAGUGUGUUCAGGUCAAAUGACCCAAUUUAGAAUAAGCAUUCAGUCUCAACCUUGCUGUAAACAAAAUUUUAUUUGCUGAAAAUAUUUCAUUGUGCUUACCUGAACUUAUAAAGGGGGCACUUAAAUAUAACCUUGAUGUGCUUAUAUUUAUAGUAAAGCACAGUCAGCAUUGCAUUUGUGCUUGAAGAACCAUUCCAAGUCUAGCCUAUUCUGCCACGACUGUCAAGACUAUGUUGAUGGCUUGGAAAUGGUCACAAUGUUUAGGCUAUUAUUUGAGGAGCUCCAUCUACAAAGCCACUGGUCCAAUUCCCACACAUGUUCUCUCUUACUUGCCAUUCUUAUUGCACUACAUACUUCCCCCUCUGCAGCAUUCUCCAGAAUUCCGUAGUGCUGUACUCAUGUUGCCUUCUCUAUAGUAAAAAGUGCCAGAUCUACAAAUUUCACUGUUAGCACCUUCAGCAAAACAAGUUGUGCUUAUAGGUAAUCUACCUACCUGUGAGUUCCUCCAAUACAAAUUAUCUGACACUCAACUAUGGUAGAGGUACUAAGCUUGUCCUGCCAUAUUAGUGAAUAGUUACCUACAUGUUUAUAGACUUUUAAACAAGAUUAAGGGAAAUUAACUAAGCAAAAGUUGGGAUACAGUUAAGAAAUUUCCACUAAAAAUAUUGAUGAAAUUUCUUGUAAUCGCAUACUGUGAAUCUGCCUUAAACUCGGCUUGUGUGAAGCCAUGGUCUUGAUUGUACUAGCCUUGAUAGGCCCAAUGGCCACAUACCUACUUGGAUUGGGUAAAAGUUAUCCAAAAAUUUCAUGGUGGCAUGGCCACCCCUUCAAGUUGUAUCCAGGAUCCUGAUUCCCAAUUAGGCAUUGUGUGGAGAUUUAUCAAUCACCAUCAGAACUACAGGAGAGAAGCCGAACUCCUGCAUCAUCCUCCCCUACCACCUAUACUCCAUCUCUCAAGUCAUUUGCAGUACUCCUUAUCCAGUGGGAAGACUGAGUGCCCCUCAAAGUGUGUUCAUCUGUGUCACAUCAUCUGCUCACCACCACAGAAUUUGUGGAAUACAAGGUGCAUACACAAAGCUCCUAACGUGUCGCGUAUCGUUAUAAUCCGUCAUGUACCAAGCAAAAAUGACUCUCUAAUCCUACCAAUAAUUGGACAGUUACGCCUAGAACUAUAUUCCACUGCGCAAGGAUAUUACCUGUGAAUGCCUCAUAGCUUCGGUAGUACUGCAAAUGAUUUGCAAGAUGGAGUAUAGGUACCCCACCUUACUUCCCAUUCUGUUCAAGUGGAGGACAAAUAGUCCAGAGUGGAAAUAUCCUUAAAAAAGACCUAAUAGAGACGUUUUCAAAUACUUGCCCAAUGGGCUGAAAUAUGUUCCCUUUGAGACACUCCAUGUGCAUGGUUGUCUUCAGCUGACAUAAGUGUUAAGCACUCAUUAGUACUUGUGGCAAUGGCAACUAAAUCUCGCGACUCUUCCAGCGCUUAUAAGGCGCAAUAUUUCAAGCAGGGGCAUGCACAAAAUAGCAUGCACCUUUUCGUUAGUAGCACUUGUAGCAGUCUCUCAUUGCGCAACUUCACCGAGUGCACUAGCAAAUUGUUGCGUUUUAUCAUGUUUGAACUUUCUUCGCUUGGUACACUGCUGUAAAGUUGGUCACCAAGUGUUUUUUAUUCAAGAACAGUGCACCUUAUGUGACCUCACAUUUCAGAUUGCAGAAAUGAUCAUUGAUUGCUUUUAAGUAGUGAAAUUUACAUUGCUAUUUCAGUGCUCACAUGCAUUGCAGCAAAUGCCAGGACACUGGGAUGUUGCAUCUCCACAGUGGUCAUAGGGCUACCACGUAUUUUGGUGCCAUUGGGCAGGUAGUCAUUUUAAUGAAAGCUGCAUUUAAAUGAUGUGAAGCCUUUGGAAAGUUUGUCAGUUUCAAUUGCUUGUGGAGAGUAUACUUUGGAUCACUUUUACUACACCCUGUACAUGGUGUUUUGUAGUAGACUGCAUGCUUUUCCUGUUGUGAAUUUCAUAACUGCAUGGAGUUCAACUUGUGUGACAUUGUAUUGUCCAUCAUGCUUGUCAAGUCUUGUAGGUUGUGUAACGGUGCUUGUACUUAUUGAGUAUACAAAUACACAAUAUUGUAACUA